AGGUCUGUUAUCCAGGAUGCCUAGAUCCGUUCCUUGGAUGGCGUCUAAUGGUGCAAAGCAAGGACAGGCAUCCGAUUCUUCGAAACGUAAACGUCCCAGCGAGGUGAUUGAUCUUACUGACGGUGCCGAGUCGCGUCCGAAUUCCAAAACGCCUCGUACUUCUCAUUCUUCGGCACCUCUGCCGGCCCCGAGUUCCGCUGCUGCUGGAAGUAGACAAUUUGCUCGUACUCCUUCAUGGACUCAACCAAGUCCCUCGUUGCAAAGGAGCCGUACGGCCUACAUCCCACCAUGGACUCCACCCCAGCAACACAGCCAGGCCGAACGCNNGACGCUUGGCUUCAAGAAGAAGACAACGACAUUUUCGAAAACGUGGCAUCCUCGCAGAAUCCCUCUGUGGCUCAUGACCAGUAUCAGAAACACCAAAAUUGUCGGUGUUCGCUUUUACACAGGCUUUGCAACUGUCGGCGAGAGGAUUACCAUAAAGCGAGAACCAAGCAACCCUUAUGAUCCCAAUGCCACUAAGCUCGCAAGAUACAUCGACAACGGCUGGCUUCUCAUGGAAGGAUCUCUCUCCGGCGAAAUUGGCCAGUACGACUGUCCUGUUGCAAUCAAUUUCUUCGGACCUCCUCUGAGCUCACCCUUGAGUGAAGAAGUGCGCGAACGUAUGAUGGUCGAUAGGUUGCCCACUCAAGACAUUAGUAGGUAUGAGCGUGACCAGAAGAAGAUACAGCAGACCGUCGAACGAAAGAUAGCGGCCAACUUUCAAUUCAAGGCUUCACAAGCACCUGAUCUUGGUGGCAGCUCGCAGGAACAGACAAUGCAAGACAUUAUCAGUGGCAGCGAACGCUUCAAUCCGAGAGAUGUCAGCCGAGCCGCAGAGCAGUUUGGUACUUCCGAAGAUGACCUUGCAGCCAUGGUCAAAGCCAAGCAACCUAUGCGCCUUGCUACCACCAUGCUUCCGUACCAGCUACAGGCAUUGGCAUGGAUGCUCGACAAGGAGAACCCCAAGGUCCCCGCAAAGGGUUCCAAAGAAUUCGUACAGCUUUGGCGAAGACACGAGCGCUAUCCGAACGCAUUCACAAACAUUGCAACCAAUUUCUCCAUCAAGGACAAAGAACCCGUCCUCGCAAGCGGUGGUAUCCUUGCAGACGAUAUGGGUUUGGGUAAAACGUUGGAGAUGAUCUCACUACUGGUGUCGGAUCAUGAAGAUUUCACUCCAAGUCAGGAAGGUGAAAUGAACGCAACACUUGUCGUUGCGCCUCUGUCUGUAAUGUCGAACUGGAGCGAUCAGAUUGCAAGACACGUACGCAAGGACCAGCCCUUGCGCGUAUACACCUACCACGGGGCUGGAAAGAAGUCGAUGAGCCCUCAGGACUUUUCUCAGUACGAUGUUGUCAUCACCACAUACCAGACACUUGCAAGCGAUUGGGCUUCCGGCGGACAACCUCCGAAGUCGAAAGGUUUAUAUUCGGUUCGCUGGCGACGUAUCAUUCUUGACGAAGGACACAAUGUUCGGAACCCAAGCAGCAAAGGUGCCAGCGCCGUCACUGCUGUGCUUGCACGCUCACGCUGGGUACUGACCGGUACACCCAUCGUCAAUUCACUCAAGGAUCUUUACUCAUUGCUACGCUUCAUUGGAAUCACCGGAGGCUUGGAGAAGCUGGAGGUGUUCAACAGUGUCCUUGAUCGACCAGUCAAGGCAAACGACUCGAGUGCAAUAGCCCUUCUGCAGGCAGUCAUGUCUGCAUUCACCUUGCGCCGUCGCAAGGAGAUGAAGUUUGUUGAUCUCAAGCUGCCAGAACUGUCCGAGUUUGUGCAUCGUAUUGAGUUUGCCGACAAGGAGAAGGAGAGAUAUAUGGCACUGUUUCAAGAAGCUCAAGGUACAUUGUCGUCCUACCGCAAGGUCGAGGGUCAAAAGGCUUCCGAAACGUAUCGAUACUUGCUGGAGAUGUGCUCCGAGCGCGUUACCAAUUUGAUGGAACAGAUUCAAAAGCAAAAGGUUGUCGAAUUGACUCCGGAAAAUCUCAAGGCUUUGCAGGAUAUGCUCUCGUUGAGCAUUCAAUCCCAAGAAGAAUGUGCCAUCUGCCUCGACGACUUGCAUAGUCCCGUCAUCACGCCCUGCGCUCACGUCUUUGGUAGAGAGUGUAUUGAGCGUGUCAUCGACACGCAGAAAAAGUGCCCGAUGUGUCGCGCGGAGCUCAAGGACAACUCUAUCCUUAUCCAGCCAGCCAAUGACUUUGGUGACGAGGCGAAGGAUGAAUCAAUCGAUUUUGAUGCUAGCAGCACCAAACUUGAAGCACUCAUCAAAAUUCUCAAGGCAUCCAAGGGUACAGGUAACAAGACCGUUGUCUUUUCUCAAUGGUUCCUCGAUAUCGUGCAGGCAAGACUUGACCGUGAGGGUUCCAAGUAUUGCAGACUCGAUGGUACUAUGUCCGUCAGACUUCGAGAUCAAGCAUUACAUGCCCUCGAGGAAGACCCGAAUUGCACAAUCAUGCUAGCGAGCUUGGGCGUAUGCAGCGUUGGUCUGAACCUUGUCGCUGCUAACCAGGUCAUUCUUUCAGACAGCUGGUGGGCUCCUGCCAUCGAAGACCAGGCUGUUGACCGUGUACACCGCCUAGGACAAACGAAGAAGACCAGUGUCUUCCGUCUCGUCAUGGAGGGCAGCAUCGAGGAGCGUACACUGGACAUUCAGGCCGAGAAACGCAAACUCAUGAUGAUGGCUUUCCAAGAAAAGGACAAUAAGAGGGGCAAGACUAAGGCCUCGAGGUUAGGUGACGUGGAGAAGUUGCUGAGA